UUAGUUUUAUCCAACUAUAUAUCUUAUAUACAUCUCCACCUCAAAGCCACGCUCCUCCCACAAAAACUCUCAUUUUAUUUAUUUAUUUCCUAUACGCGCUCUCCUCUCACCCUCGAUCCCCCACGUUCUGCUGCUCCGCGGGGAUGAGUAACAGAUGAUACACCAGCACCGCGAUGCCGCUCAACAUCGUGCCCGACGAACCCGGCCCCACCUUCGACCUGCUCUGCGCUGAAGACGCGGGGGCGCUCACCGACGACUGCGACGGAGAAUACCCUGCGGGGUACCAGACCGCCGGAGCGUUUCCCGACGACUCGAACGAAUCGAUCGCCGAGUUUUUGGAGGGGGAGUCCGAUUACUCGCCGGGGUUCGACUACCGCGCGAGGUUCCGGUCCAAGUCGCUCGAUCUUCUGGCUCGCGAGGAGUCGGUCCUUUGGAUUCUCAAGGUGCGUGCUUUUUUCCGCUUUCAGCCGUUAACGGCGUAUCUCGCCGUUAAUUACUUCGACCGGUUUCUGUCCGCGCAUCACGUACCGGAAGCAGAGGGAUGGGCAUUACCGCUCUUAUCCGUAGCUUGUCUCUCUCUAGCAGCAAAAAUGGAGGAAACCUCAGUCCCCUCCCUCAUUGAUCUUCAAGUUGAGGGUACUGCAAGGUUCAUCUUUGAGCCAAGAAUAGUUUGCAAGAUGGAACUUCUCGUGCUUGCCGCGCUGAAAUGGAGGCUUCGAUCCAUUACACCUUUUACUUUCAUUGAUUUCUUUGCCUACAAGGCCGAUCCUAGUGGAACUUGCGCCAGAAACUUGGUUUCUCAUGCUACUAAGAUUGUCCUAGCAACAAUUCAUGACAUUGAAUUCCUGGAUCAUUGUCCUUCGUCCAUAGCUGCAUCCGCCAUAAUAUCUGCAGCUGGUGAGAACCCUGAAUUGGCCCUUAUCGACCCAGGUUCAGCAACAUCAUGGUGCAUUGGACUAACCAAGGAAGGGAUCACCAAUUGUUACCACCUCAUGCAAGAAUCUAUAAUGGAGAAUAAGGAGAAAGGGCCUCUGAUGAGAGUGGCGACGACAGUGGACGCCACAAGCUCUGAUGCUUCCUCUUCCUCCUCCUCUCUUCAGCUUCCCCUCGGCAAGAGGAGGAAAUUGAACAGUAGCUUCCUAUCGGUGGAUGGUGACAAGGAGGGCUGAUGGCACGGAGAGAAUAAGGGAAAGGGUUGAGCUAGCUGUACUAGAUUAGCAGGCGUUACUUAAUUGGGUUUUGCAGAUUCCUCAAUAUUUUUAAGGGGGGUUUGAAGUUGAUUUGACCAAGUGUCAUUUAUCCACAGGAAGGGGUCUUGGUGGAUGAGUUUUUUUUUUUCCUUUAAAUUUUUUUUUAAUAUCAUGUGUGGGGCUUGUUUAUUUAUUUAUUAGUGCCAUGAUUUUCAGCAGGACCUGCAGAUUCCCAAGGGUGGGGGAUCUGCCAUUCUUUAAUAAGUGUGAGAAGGAAAUGGUGUUUGCUUGUGAAGGUGGUGGGGGCUCAAAGGCGCGGUAUUCAUUCAUUGCGGAAUGAAAGGGAUCGAGCGGGUGGGCCUUUUUGAGCUCGAUCUCAGAUGAGAGAUAGAAAAUGGGUAGUAAAUAAAGAUUAUUUUAAGUGGGUCAAGCUACAACUCUGCUCCUCUUCUCAUUAAAGUGAUGUUGAAGAUUAAUGUCGAAUAUUUGUGUAUUUUUUUUAUUUUUUUUUUGGGUUUAGGAUUGUUUAGGGUUUUUAUUAUUUGUGUCAUGUACGCAUUGGCUGCUUACAUGGUGCAUGUGAGCAUUUUGUGGGGGGUGCCAGAGCACUCGCACAGAGAGUUUGCCCCCAUUUUUCGAUGUGUUAAAAAAGACUUUUGAGGCCUUUGAGGGCCUAGUGUUUUUUGGAAAAUCAUGAAUAAAACAAUAUUUGUGGGUGCCCUUGGAUGAUAUUA